AUGGACGAGGAGAUCAAGAGUCUCAUCUCUAACGGGACGUGGGAGCUGGUCGAGCGUCCGCGCGGUGUCAACGUGAUGAAGAAUCGUUGGGUACUCACGACGAAGUACCACGUCGACGACACGGUCGCUCGCGAGAAGGCGCGUCUGGUGGUGAAAGGUUUCACACAGGUCCACGGUGCAGACUACGAUGAGACGUACGCACCGGUGGGGAGCUACAUAACUCUGCGGAUCUUCCUCAGCAUCGUAGCAGUGCUCGACCUGCACCUGAUGCAGCUGGACAUGAAAAACGCGUUUCUGCAGAGCAAGCUGGAUUGCGUCCUCUACAUGUACCAACCCGACUACUUCAACGACGGCACCGGUCGCGUCUGCAAGCUGCUGAAGAGCUUGUACGGGCUGAAGCAGAGUCCGCUGCAGUGGUACUCGGCACUCGACGCGGUGCUGAUCGGCGCUGGUUGGAGCAAGAGCCAGGUAGACGAAGCGCUCUACUUCAAGGUCGGCGACGACGGAGUGGCGUGCUGGGUGCUCGUCUACGUCGACGACCUGCUCGCCGCAAGCAGCAGCACUGCGAUGCUGAAGGAGCUGCUGGAGGCCGCCUUCGAGCUGCGCGAGAUCAAGCCGGUCGAGAAGUAUCUCGGGCUGGAGAUCGUGCGCUACAGGCCGGCGAGGAAGCUGUGGCUUCACCAGCAAGUCUACGUCGACAAGCUGCAGCUGAUGUUCGACGACGAAGAGUUCCAGUCGCGCGAGGAAGCAGAGUACCGGCAGAAGGUCGGCUCGUUGCAGAUCGCGUCCACCACGACGAGGCCCGACAUUGCCUUUGCUUGCAGCAAGCUCGGAUCCGGCCUGACAGUGCGGAGCGACAACCACUGGCGUGAGGUCGACCGCUGUCUGCACUACCUUGCUGAAACUCGUGACGCUGCUCUGGAGUUCGGCGGCGGACCAGAGUCGCUGUGUCUGGUCGGCUAUGCAGAUCCCGACGACGCUGGUGACAAGCAGAAUCGGACGAGCACGGUCGGCAACGUUUUUGUCUUCGGAGGAGCCGCAGUCUCCUGGUCGAGCCAGCGCAUCAAAUGCGCGACGCUCUCGUCGACCGAAUCAGAGUACGUCGCGGCCACGGAAGCCGGCAAGGAGGCUCGCCGUCUGCGCUUCCUCCUUGCAGAAUUCCGCCUGCUCGACGCAAGGAAGCCGACUGUUCUGCACGUGGACAAUCAGUCGGCAAUCACUGUCGCAGAGGGCUUGGGGAUCAAGGGCAACCUCAAGCACAUGGAGCGACACUACGCAUGGCUGCAGCAAAUGGUGAAGCGCGGGAAGAUUGCUCUGCAGUACAUCCCGACCACCGAGCAGCCGGCGGAUUUUCUGACGAAGGCGCUGCAUUUUCUGGCUUUCAACCGGUGCUCCGUCGCAAUCGGCCAAGUGAGUCUGGCCGACGUGGGUGACGAGGAGGACGAGGUGCAGCAGUAG